GUCAUAAGUAGGACUUGGAUGGAUCCAGUGUCGAGUUAAAUUAGGUGGUUGGAUUUCGUUCACAACCCUGCUUUCCAGUUUCACCACUUCUCUUUUAUCCCAAGAUGACCCAUGAAUGGUGACAUACGUUUCUGCUGCUGUUCUCAUGACUUCGCAUCCUUUCUGAAAUCUAAUUCUGCUACCCCUGCAAGCAACAUUCCCAUUUCACUCCAUGGCUGCAGCUAUUUCACUCUCCCUUCCUUUGGAUCCACAAAAUCUUCUUUGUCCCUGUCGCCUCCGACCCACUACUCUCUCUAGACCUCUGCAAUCUCGUUUCUUUACUCGGUUAUCACCCAUCUAUAAAUACCCACUUACUACGUUCCAUAGAGAGGGCUUGUGCAGCUUCAAGUCUUCUUCCUCUUCCUCUUCCUCCCACUCUUCAACAACACCCACAACCCCAACCUCUUCGCACCACGAUGACCCCUUUCGCACCGGGCGAUUUCUGAGUAAUGAAGAGCUCGAAAAGCUCAGAUUCCUUCAAAAUUUCCUAUAUUUUAAGGAAUUGGAAUCUGGGUCUUUGUGGGUUCGGGUAAUGGGGGCGGAGGAAAUGGACAUGACCAUUGGGUUGCUUGCCGAAUCCUUUGCUGAGUCAAUGGUAUUACCCGUGGGUUAUGUUUCUGUGUUGAAGUUUUUGGUGAGGCAGUACUUGAUGGAGAGAAAAAUUCAAAUGCCGCACAUGGCUACACUUAUCGGUUUUUACAAGGAAACUGGGGAAGGUGGUGAAGAACAAGAAGUGCAGUUGGCAGGGACCGUGGAGGUUUGUUUUAACAAGAUGGGUGCCAAUGCUUCUCCUCCAACACCAACGCCUCCCAAAGAUUCGCCUUACAUAAGUAAUAUGGCCGUAAAAAUGUCUUUUAGGAGGAGGGGCAUUGGUUGGCAUCUUCUAAAGGCAGGCGAGGAGCUAAUUUCUCAGAUGAGUUCCUCAAGAGAAGUUUAUUUGCAUUGUAGAAUGAUUGAUGCAGCUCCGCUUAACAUGUAUAAAAAGGCAGACUACAAAAUUGUAAAGACAGAUAGCGUAUUAGUUCUGCUGAUGUUGCAGAGACGCAAGCACCUGAUGCGCAAGAAACUUCCUCUCUUGAGUAACCCUCCAGAGUCAGCCGCAUCAGAAUCUGAUACAGAAACGUUUGCAUGAGGACAGAAGCAGUAGCAACAAUCAUCAUGGUGGGUUGAAUUAUGAAUAGGGAUCAAAUAAGUGGUUCAGGGAUCCCUACCUGAAUCCCCCUAUGUAUAGGGCUGAGAAACUAUGUAUAGCAGGUUCCCGUUAUGCAUAUAUUCAUACACCAGGAACCGGUGCUUUCCAUCAGCGCAAUAGCCUAUUAGAGAAACAAGAUUCGGGUGGUCAAGUCUACUCAAGAUGUCAACUUCAACACGGAACUCUCGCUCUCCUUCUGCUUCUUUAAUUGCUGGCAGAUCCAUUUUCUUGAUUGCUACAACCUGUAGAGGAAGACAAUAACAUGUUAACAUGUCUUCGCAUGUUGUUACAAAAUCUUGUUGGUUUACUUUGCCAUGAAUUACUGUUUUCUACUGUUUAUAUUAAAUGGUGGUAUCACUAACAGUUUAAAAGCUCUAAAGCCCGAUUUGUUUAUUGAAUCAGUAUUAAAAGAA